GCACUACAGCGCCACUUUUGAGCGGUCGUUUAUGUUGACAACAAUAACAGACCGCUGAAGUUGUCAAGCAACGUCGAGGAAAAGUCAUACAUCAGUCCCGCGACGGUAUAGUCUUUAGUUGGAUCAGAGAUGGCCCCGGACAGCGCUCAGAUUCGGCGGCAGGGUGCUCAGGACUUUAUGGCUUACUAUGAGUUUGCCUGUGCCAGGCAGGAAUCUGUCCCCCUUCCUGCAGUUGUAAUGAACCUCAACAAAGGGAUGCUGGACUUUAGUGGAGACAAGCUGAAGCUAACAGACUGGCCACCUGUUCUCAGCUCUAUAUCCAUUAACAAACACCUGCACCACAUAGCAAUAAGUAGCACAUACCAAGCUAGUUUGGCUUCUGGAGAGGCAGAUAGAAGAUAUCUUAAGUCUAGCUUCAGGAGGAAGAUUCCAGCUAUUCGCUCCAAGGAUAUGACAUUAAAGCUGUGCAAGGCCCUCAGAGAGUGCCUCACUGUCUCUCCCAACCUCAAGACGCUGCAGCUCAAUGGACUUCCACUGAGAGAAAGGGACCUCAUCACCCUGACAAAGGGUUUGGCAAAAAGCACUUCCUUGGAAAACCUAUCUCUGGUUAACUGUCCAAUCAGUGAUGAGGGCUUAGAGGUCAUUUGCCAAAGUGUUAAGUAUUCUGCUAACAUCAGGGCAGUGGAUUUUAGUGGAUGCAGUCUUACCUGGAGGGGGGCAGAGCACAUGGCCAAUAUUAUCAAGCAUCAGGGUAUGCAAAGACAUGGUACGGCGUGGGCGGAGUCUCUGAGGUAUCGACAGCCGCAGUUUGAGGGUAUGGGAGGUCUUCGCCGUGUCACACUUAACUGUAACACUUUAAUUGGGGACCGGGGUGCUGCGGCUCUUGCGAGUGAACUUGCUGAAGACCUCUGGGUUAAAGCUGUGGACCUGCAAAGAUGUGGUCUUUCCAACGAAGGCGCUCGUCGUUUGCUAGAAGCCUUGAAAACGAAUUCUUCUUUGUGUGUGCUGGAUAUCCGUGGUAACCCGUUAGUUGAUAAACUCCUAAUUAAAACUAUAAUAGAGAAAGUACUAAUGAAUGGUCAUGGACAGUCACCAGAGGUAAGUUUUUGGGAGAAAUAUUCCAGGGGGGCUCUAGGUGGUGUAUUUGUAUGCAUGUGUCUUCCUUAUGUUGUCCUGCAGUAUUGCUGGAUCAAGCCUGCAGCGUCAGAACCACAGAGAGCUUCUGGUCCAAGGAGGAGAGCAUUACCCAGUACAGUCAGAGGGAAAGCUGCAUUUAGAAUAGCCACUCAUAAAGGACCAUCUCCCGGUGGACGGAGUUCAGCUGCUGCUCUGAAACCUAAGCCAUCACGCACCCCCCAUGUGCCUUGGCGUGCUGCUGCACGAGCUGGACGCCAAAGAGGUUUGCCUCCUGGAAUUACUGUAACAGACCAUAGCUUUCAGGGUGCAGCCACAGUGAAAGUUACCAUGGAGUCGGAUUCAGAGGCAGAGGAGGAUGAUGAAGAGGAAGUGGUGGAAGUGGAACCGAGACCAUCUUCUCUUAAUCGUCAGGACAGAUUCAUUUCGCGGAGGUUUGAACAAAUACAGAUGGAGCUAAACGAAUGCCGUAUGAGGCUCGGAGAAGAGCGGAGGGCCAGACUGAAGGCUGAGUCCAGGCUCAUGGAGUAUGAGCUGGAGAAUGCUCGUCUUCGAGAUGCCAAUCACUCCCUGUCAGAGGCACUUGCUGCCAGUGGCUCUGCAUUAGCACCACCGGCUUCCAGUGCUCUUGAAGAUGAGGCAAUUCUGGAGAGCAUUGAGACAUCAUUCACUAAGUUUCACGCUUUCCUGGAUUUGCUCAAAGAUGCUGGCUUAGGUCAGCUAGCUUCAAUGGCUGGAAUUGACAAGUCAGAUUUCCACCCUCUGGGAAGACCUCAGCUUUCCUCCACAAUAGAACCACUUUUGCAUGGUGUGACAUCACCGCCUGGAGGGCGUUACAGGAUCGAUGCUCUGUCUUUGGUAGGAGGUGCCCCAUCUGCCUACCCCGUUGGAUUGUCUGACACCAGAUUGCACAAGUCUCCAUCCCCUACUAGAGCAGCCCUUCAUAAAGAAAGGUCACUUGAUGUAACUUUCACUCAGGCUUCUGCACCAGCAGCAAGUGGUGUAGUGGAUGUAGAAGAGGAAGCAAAUCAUUUUUCAAAGCCUGACACCCAGCACGACUCAGGCUCUGAACACAGUUUUUAUAGCCAAAAGUCCUUUGAUAAUAUUUCCUUUGGUAAAACUUCCCAGACUCGGCCAAGCCACCCCACGAGCAACAGCAACUCUCACAGAAACAACAGUUCCCAUGGAUACAGCUUCAGCAACAGCUACACUUACAACCGUGCUUCUCAUAGCAAUGGAUCUCGAGGUGGUUCAUCUGUAAGUGUUAGUGACAUUUUAAGCGACAAAGAGUCUGUGGGAUCAGUAGGGUCAAGGAACAGGGGAAAUGGAAGGCUGGUGACAGUAGGUCAGUCAGGAUCAGAAGGGUCAGAGAGGAAAGCCCCUUCUACGAGAGGCGCUCUAGAGCAGGUCAGAUCUCUGGAGAGUCUGGGGGUUCAGUCAGAUAAUGAAUCGUAACUAGGCGACCAUAAACUUUCUCCCUGUGUGUCAGUGCCUUUUCUUCUAUGUUUAGAUAUUCGCUGAGUUUAAAUUGUAGAUUUUUUUUUUUGUCACCUUUAUAAA